AUGAUUGAAGGACUAUAUCGGCGAAUUAAGUUAUUUUGCAUCAGACCAAAAACUAUAGCUGGAAAAGAAUUACGUCCAUUAUCGGAAUAUGAAAAAAAUAUUAAUAUUGUCUUCAUUAAUACGUAUCACUCUUUCAAACAUGCUAUACCAUUUCCACCAAACUCUUUUGAAAUAGCUGGUAUUCAUGCACAGAUUACUCAACCGAUCCGUGACAAUAUAAUACGUAAAUUCUUCGAUGAUGCGGAAGACGAUGCCAUUGUUAUAUCUAUGGGAAUGAACAUGGCAUGGAAUAAUAUAAAAUUGGAUACUGUGUCAGAGAAGACUGUCGAUGUACAGUUGUCGAAAAACAUAUUGGUUUUGGAUUGGAUACCGCAAAAUGACAUUUUAACUCAUAAAAAUAUUAAAUUUGUUUGGACGCAUGUUGGUCUUUUGAGCCCUCAUGAAGCAAUUUGGCAUGGUCUUCUAAUGAUUGGAAUAUUAGAAAAAUCCUACUCGACUACAAUAAAACUAUUAUGUGAAUUUCGCGAUCGGCCUGUUCCACCACUCGAUUUAGCAGUUUGGUAUAUGGAAUGUAUCACUCGAUAUCCUGGAAAAGUUUGGCUUCCCUGGGAGAUUCUUGACUCGAAUAGAACAAAAUUUUUACGACAUUUAUAUCUUGCUGUUCAUAAUUUUCCUAAUCUUUAUUCUGAUUUGUUGGUUUUUGUUAAAUUCAAGUUAAAAGGAAAUGUUAGAGAACAAAGAUAA